AUGUUGUCUCUCUUUGUUGUUCUUAGCGUCAUGGCAGCUGGAUCAGAAGGCUAUGCUCUUGACGAACUUCUUACCUUCCUUCAAUUUGACUCCAUCCACAAUCUAAUGUCAUUCUUCUCUCAGCUCGUCUCCCCUGCUUUGUUCUCUGACGAUCGUAUGUGUUUUAUCAAUGGAAUGUGGGCUGAUGAAUCACUUCCCCUUUCUCAUUCUUUUAAACAACUUGUGGCCACUCAUUACAACACCACUUUGGCUUCGGUUGAUUUUAAGACUAAGGGUGAUCAAGUGUGUCAUGAAGUUAAUUUGUGGGUUGAGAAAGAGACGAAUGGCCUUAUCACAAAGCUUCUUCAUCCUAGUAUGGUAAGCAAAUUACCCACAGGGCUUGUCUUUGCAAAUGCAAUGUGCUUCAAAGGUGUGUGGAAACACAAGUUUAUGGAUACAGCUUUCCAGCAUAGUUUUCACCUCUUCAAUGGCACCAAAGUCAUUGCUCCCUUCAUGGAUAGCAAGCAGAGGGAGCACUUUAUUGGUAUUUUUGAUGGUUUCAAAGUCCUCCGUCUUUCUUAUAGACAAGGCAGGGAUAAAACUCGUCGGUUCUCCAUGUAUAUUUUCCUUCCAGAUGCAAAAGAUGGACUUUUGGCAUUAAUUGAAAAGCUAGCUUCAGAAUCUGAUUUUUUGAAAGACAAGUUUCCUCGGCGAAAAGUGGAAGUACGUCAAUUUACUAUUCCAAAAUUCAAGAUUUCUUUUUCAUUUGAAGCUUCUAAUGUUCUGCACGAGUUGGGAAUGAGUUCACCUUUCUUUCUAACAAAAGUGGUAGAGGGAAUGAACCCUCCUUUGGGCGUGGAAAGCAUAAAUCACAAUGCUUUCGUUGAGGUAAAUGAGAAAGGCACCAUAGCUUCAGCAAACACUGUUAUGGUGGCAUUAAGAGGUAGUCGUCGUGCCACUCCUACGGACUUUGUAGCUGACCAUCCUUUCCUCUUCUUAAUCAGAGAAGAUUUCAGUGGAACAAUUCUCUUUAUUGGUCAGGUUCUCAAUCCUCUUGAUGGAGCAGAUGAACAUACCACACACAUAUACCGAAGAAAAUGAAGAUGAUGAUGAAAGUUAGCAAUCUCAUUAUCUAAUUAUUAUAUUUUGUGAUUA